AUGACGGCUGAAGAAACAGUGAAUGUAAAAGAAGUUGAAAUAAUUAAGUUAAUUUUGGACUUCCUGAAUUCAAAGAAGCUUCACAUUAGUAUGUUGGCCCUUGAGAAGGAAAGUGGAGUCAUAAACGGCCUAUUUUCAGAUGAUAUGCUUUUUUUGAGGCAGUUAAUUCUCGAUGGCCAGUGGGAUGAAGUUCUUCAGUUCAUUCAGCCUCUGGAGUGUAUGGAAAAAUUUGACAAGAAAAGGUUUCGUUAUAUUAUCCUAAAGCAGAAGUUUCUAGAAGCGUUAUGUGUUAACAAUGCAAUGUCAGCAGAAGAUGAGCCCCAGCAUCUGGAAUUCACCAUGCAAGAAGCUGUGCAGUGCUUGCACGCCCUUGAAGAGUACUGCCCUUCUAAAGAUGACUACAGCAAGCUCUGCCUGCUCUUGACGCUGCCUCGCCUCACCAACCACGCCGAGUUCAAGGACUGGAACCCCAGCACCGCGCGGGUUCACUGUUUUGAAGAGGCCUGUGUCAUGGUGGCAGAAUUUAUUCCAGCUGAUAGGAAGCUGAGUGAAGCUGGCUUUAAAGCAAGUAAUAAUCGUCUAUUUCAGCUUGUAAUGAAGGGUCUGCUUUACGAAUGUUGUGUGGAAUUUUGUCAAAGUAAAGCAACUGGAGAAGAAAUUACAGAAAGUGAAGUGCUUCUUGGCAUUGACCUCUUAUGUGGUAAUGGCUGUGAUGACUUGGAUCUCAGUUUGUUGUCAUGGCUUCAGAACCUUCCAUCUUCUGUGUUCUCCUGUGCGUUCGAACAGAAAAUGCUUAACAUUCAUGUCGAUAGACUUCUGAAGCCUGCCAAAGCUGCAUACGCUGAUCUUUUGACUCCUCUUAUCAGCAAACUCUCUCCCUAUCCGUCAUCCCCAAUGAGAAGACCUCAGUCAGCUGAUGCCUAUAUGACCCGCUCGCUGAACCCUGCUUUAGAUGGGCUCACCUGUGGACUGACCAAUGACAAGAGAAUCUCGGACCUUGGCAACAAAACUUCUCCAAUGUCACACUCCUUUGCUAACUUCCACUACCCCGGGGUACAGAACCUUAGUAGAAGUCUCAUGCUUGAGAAUACAGAAUGCCAUAGUAUUUAUGAAGAAUCCCCUGAGCAAAGCGAUACGCCUGUCGAUGCACAGAGGCCGAUAAGCAGUGAGCAGGUGGGCCAGAGUUCAGGUUCAGAAAAAGAACCUGCAAAUGGAUCACAGAACCCAGGACCAGCCAAGCAAGACAAAAACGAGCUUCGGGAUUCAACCGAACAAUUUCAAGAAUAUUAUAGGCAAAGACUACGCUACCAACAGCACUUAGAACAGAAGGAGCAGCAGCGACAGAUAUACCAGCAGAUGUUGCUUGAAGGAGGUGUGAAUCAGGAGGAAGGCCCCGAUCCGCAGCAGAAUCUCACGGAACAAUUCCUUAAUAGGUCCAUUCAAAAGCUUGGUGAAUUAAAUAUUGGAAUGGAUAGCCUUGGUAAUGAUGUAUCAGUGCUCAGCCAGGAAUGUAACGGGAACAAGGGCAAUGGAUCGAAUAGUUCCUCCAUGACUUGUUUUUCUACUCCUCCCCAAGACUCUAGUCAGAGGUUAGCACACGAUACUGCUACUGUCCUUACAAGCACUCCGCAUAAUCCUGCCUCAACAAAUCACAUACCUUUUCUCGAGGAACCGCCUUGUGGAAACCAAAUUCAGAUCCAUACAAAGAACUUAAAGAAUUGUGUUCCACAAGACAAGCAUAAUUUGAUACAUGGGGUUUUCCCUCUACCCCACAAUGCGAACGAUGACAAAUCAAAAAAGCAGUUUGUUUGCAUUAAUACUCUCGAGGAUACACAAGCUGUGAGAGCUGUGGCUUUUCAUCCAGGUGGUGGUUUAUAUGCUGUUGGCUCAAAUUCCAAAACUCUGAGAGUGUGUGCCUAUCCCGAAGUAAUUGACCCAAGUGCUCAUGAUGCUCCCAAGCAGCCAGUGGUCCGUUUCAAACGGAAUAAACAUCACAAAGGAUCUAUUUACUGUGUGGCAUGGAGUCCUUGUGGGCAGUUAUUAGCAACUGGAUCCAAUGACAAAUACGUCAAAGUUCUGCCCUUUAACGCAGAGACUUGUAAUGCAACAGGACCGGAUCUGGAAUUUAGUAUGCAUGAUGGGACAAUUAGAGACUUGGCAUUUAUGGAAGGCCCAGAAAGCGGUGGAGCUAUUUUGAUAAGCGCUGGAGCAGGGGAUUGUAACAUUUAUACAACAGACUGUCAAAGAGGACAGGGCCUCCAUGCUCUGAGUGGACAUACUGGGCAUAUUUUAGCACUUUAUACCUGGAGUGGCUGGAUGAUUGCAUCGGGGUCCCAAGAUAAGACUGUCAGAUUCUGGGACCUUCGAGUACCAAGCUGUGUUCGUGUUGUUGGUACAACAUUCCAUGGAACUGGCAGUGCAGUUGCGUCGGUAGCCGUAGACCCCAGUGGCCGUCUCUUAGCAACAGGCCAAGAAGAUUCUAGCUGCAUGCUAUAUGACAUAAGAGGAGGAAGAAUGGUACAGAGUUAUCAUCCUCACUCCAGUGAUGUUCGCUCCGUUCGAUUCUCUCCUGGAGCUCAUUACCUGCUAACGGGAUCUUAUGACAUGAAAAUAAAGGUGACAGACCUGCAAGGCGACCUCACUAAGCAGCUUCCGAUCAUGGUGGUCGGGGAGCACAAGGACAAAGUGAUUCAGUGUCGAUGGCACACCCAGGACCUCUCCUUCCUGUCCUCUUCUGCAGACAGAACGGUCACCCUCUGGACUUACAGUGGCUAGAGGACACCCAAGUCCGUCGAUGCUGUGAAAGCACACACACUUAAGACUACCGAGUCGGGAAAAAGACAGAUUUGAAGCCAUAGACUGACCAGGAAGUGGCUCAGCACGAGGAUGCCCCUGGUGACCAGGUGCCCCGUUGCUAGGUGUUGGUGGCGGUGGUCUGCAGUGCUUCUGUGUGAGCGUGUGCUGCUGUGACCAGCUGUGUGUUGUCUUGUUGCCAAAGUCUGCGGAAGAGCUCUCCCGUUUUCAGCGUGCACACCGUGUCACGGUGAAUGACACGUUUACGGUUUAGUAUUAAAUGCAUUCCUUUGUCUUUGCCUAAUGACAGUUUUAUAUACACACUGAAAUGGUUCUAUACUUUAAGGAUAUUAUCGUAUGUAACGCAGCCAAGUUCUACACAGAUAGACAUAGGUGUUCAGACAUUUACUUCCACUCCCCACAGCCCCAUGCUAUUGUAUUACUUGUCAGCUAGAGGUGAGACUUUUUACAGUUACAUGGUUGUUUUCACUGAGGAUCAUUAUGGAAUUUAAGGAAGGAGAGAAAACUGCUUCAGAGUUCAGAGUAUAGGCCAUCAGUUUUUUUUUAAAUUAGGCCAGAGAUGUGACUAUUAUUUGAUCACAUUAUUUUGUUUCAUGGUAAAAGGCGCGUACUUGCUUUUGAACCUUGUCAGUUUCAGUUUUUUGGAUCCAACAAGAUAAAUAGCACUGUGGAAGCAGAGAGCAGCAGUUAGUGAUGCAGUACUGGAUGGCACGAUGAAUUUACUGGCUGGCAUUUAUCCUCCUUAAAAGAAAUUAAAAAUUUUUGCCAUAAACCAGAGCAUGACUUGAAAUGCUAUUCUGCAUGAUAAUUUAAAAUGGGAAAUUAAAACUUUGCACUCCAAAAACUUAUUUGAGUUUUUGCCCUUGUACUGUUUUAUGUAAUGCAGAGUAAUGAUUUUAUUGCUACUACAGCAUUGUAGAUCCUAACAUUUAUGUAUUUUUAUUUUCAUACGGUACAGUAAUUUUACUUUAAAUUAUUAAAUAGCCUAUUUUAUUUAUUUAAAUGCAUUUGAGUUGGCUCUAAUUAUUGAACUGUCUGUGCACUGUAUGUAGCAAGCAUUUUAAAUCUGUUGUAUACACGUGGAAGGGCAUUAGAAGUGUAACCGUGCUAUUAUUUCAAUAAAGACCUCUCGACACCCAA